CGAACUCCUGACCUCAGGUGAUCCACCACACCCAGCCUAGAUUACAAUUUUAAGCUUAGCAGUUAGGUAAGUUACAGAAGGUAGUUCUGAGGGUUCUGUAUCUCUUAAUUGCUUAUACCUUUAAAUGGGAGUAGAGCCCACCUUUGAAAGAUUAAAACAGGCAGGAAUGGCAGCCUGCCCUACAAAACAACAAGUAGACUAGGAAUGUUAGAUAGAAUUUUAUAGCAUCAUUAGUUGUCCGUUAUGGUUAGGGACUGUUUUGGGCAAGUUAAAACUUUCAAUAAUUUUAACUAUUUUAAAUGUUAAUCUUUCUAAAUUGUAGGAUAUACUUCCUCAGUUAACAUAUUAAUCAUAAUAUUUUUGCUGAUCAGUUGUACAGUAGUUAUAGUUUGUGGGAGAUAAAACUGAAAGGAUACUCAUCCUCAUACCCGGGAAAAUACAGUUAAGAAAGCCAUUUACCUGUUGCUAAUGUAAGGUUAGUAAUACAUAACCAUAUAAUCUGUAAGAUAGUAUGACAUUUCUGCCUUUCUGCAAAAUUAUUGAAUCAAAGUUUGAAGUAGUGCGUUCUUUAAUGGAUUUUAUUUAUAAAAUCAUCUUUACUGUAAUCUGUGUUCCUUGACUUUUCAUCAGCAUUGAAAACAUUUUCUCUUAAUUUUUUCUCAUUAACAUAAUGAACCAUAUUCAUUUCUUGGUCAGUUGUAAGCCAUUCUUUUAUUCCACUUGGAUUGUUCAUUUUAAGUGAAGGAGGCGGAGCCUUUAAUAUAUAAGCAGACAUUUUUAAAAUAAUAACAGGAUAUUUCUUAGUCUAGAGCUUGUAAAUUCUUUAAUAUAAGGAGUUUUAUAGGAUUAAACAGUAGUUUCUCUGAGUUUCAGUUAACUAUUUAACUUUAUCAGAGUUUCAGGCAUAUCCAAAACACUGAAAGCACCUGCAUAGUGAAUCAAUGAAAAAAGAAAAGUUUUCCUCAAUUUGCAUUUUGAACUCUGAAUAAUAUUUCUGUCUACACAGCAGCCCAGAAAACAAUAAAAGUAUCGCUUCAUAUAACAUUGCAUCGUUCCUGGAUUCUCUACAGUUGUUUAGUUCUUCUCAAGUAAGCAUAUGCUUCUGAGACAUUCUUUUACUUCAGGUAAAUAUAAGCAAAACAAAGAAAAUCAUUUUGUCUAUUUCUGCGUCAGUUCUAUAAGGAGCAAGUAAAUUCUUUAUUUUUGUUUAGGUUGGUUGUUGUCAUGUAAGGAUAGAUGGUAGUGUUCUACGUGUUCAAGAUGGGUAGUAGGAAUUCAGUGGCCAUGAGGUGUCAUGGAUCAAGGUCAGGUUUAGUGAAUCAGGUACUCUUCAGUAACAGGUGGUUCAUACAAAGCAUUGAAGCUUAAAAUUGCUGUGAGUUCAGUAAGCAGGAGGGUUGAGAAGACAGGCAGAUGGUUUAAAACUAAAGGUCAGUAAGUGGGCAAGACUAGUUAAAUGAGGCAGAUACUCCCCAAAGAUGGAAUUCCAGAAAGGUGCUUGAAAAGGACUGAGUCCUUAAAGACUACUGCUGUUAAUAUGUAGAGUUCUUGAGGAAACAAGCAGUUUGACAUAACUUAAUCAGUCUACUAAGAAACUAUAAGAAGAUGAAGGAAGUUGGGACAUCUUACUGGAAAAAGAAUGAGGGAGUGAAUGAGGGUAAGUUUCUGACUGGAAUCUUGUGAAUUCAGAACUUGCAGAAAAGCUGUUCUGUUUCCUUUUUGUUUAGGUUCUCAUGCACUAGCAGCUGCUAGAAUAGAUAUUGGAAGGCAGGGCCAAAAUAGGUCAGUUACUCAGUUUUGCAAGAUUAUUGAGGAUAUAGAGAAAAGUAAUUUGUAAAAACUGAAAUCUGCAGCUCCAAGUUUUUGUUUGAACUGAGUAACUUAGGACUUUGAGAAGUCAAAGCCGUCAGAAAGUAACAUGAAGUCCAUUCAGCUGAAUAAAUGUCAUAUUUUGCUAUUAGCAUAGAAAAGAAUCUUUAAAACUUCUUUCCAAAAAGCACUCAGUAUUGACCCAUAUGUUCCAGUGUAGUUGUGAACCAUGUACAACUGGUGUUUGACUUACUUGACUCAACAUGAAAGGAAUUUAACCAGCUGCCCUUGCUGAAUCUUGUCUCCUGAAUAUGCCUUCACAGUUGUUGAUCACAUAGCAUGGUCAUCCACUCACAGCUUAAAAAAAUACAGGGAGCAUCGGAGAGAAUGGGAGAUACUACUCGUCAACGAAUCAAAUUCAGUGAUGACAGAGUAUGCAAGAGUCACCUUCUCAACUGUUGUCCUCAUGAUGUCCUUUCUGGAACUAGAAUGGAUCUUGGAGAAUGUCUGAAAGUCCAUGACCUGGCUUUAAGAGCGGAUUAUGAAAUUGCAUCCAAAGAACAAGAUUUUUUCUUUGAACUUGAUGCCAUGGAUCAUUUGCAGUCAUUCAUUGCAGAUUGUGAUCGUAGAACAGAAGUGGCCAAGAAAAGAUUAGCAGAAACUCAAGAAGAGAUUAGUGCUGAAGUAGCAGCAAAGGCAGAACGUGUUCAUGAGUUAAAUGAAGAAAUUGGUAAAUUAUUAGCCAAGGUGGAACAACUAGGAGCUGAAGGGAAUGUGGAGGAAUCCCAGAAAGUAAUGGAUGAAGUAGAGAAAGCACGGGCAAAGAAAAGAGAAGCAGAGGAAGUUUAUCGGAAUUCUAUGCCAGCUUCCAGUUUUCAACAGCAGAAACUUCGAGUCUGUGAAGUCUGCUCUGCCUAUUUAGGACUUCAUGAUAAUGACAGACGACUGGCUGAUCAUUUUGGUGGUAAACUGCACCUGGGAUUUAUUGAAAUAAGAGAGAAGCUUGAAGAAUUAAAGAGAGUCGUAGCUGAGAAGCAGGAGAAAAGAAACCAGGAACGGCUGAAACGAAGAGAAGAAAGAGAGAGAGAAGAAAGGGAGAAGCUGAGGAGGUCCCGAUCACACAGCAAGAAUCCGAAAAGAUCCAGGUCCAGAGAGCAUCGCAGACAUCGAUCUCGCUCCAUGUCACGUGAACGCAAGAGGAGAACUCGAUCCAAAUCUCGGGAGAAACGUCAUCGCCACAGGUCCCGCUCCAGCAGCCGUAGCCGCAGCCGUAGCCACCAGAGAAGUCGGCACAGUUCUAGAGAUAGGAGCAGAGAACGAUCCAAGAGGAGAUCCUCAAAAGAAAGAUUCAGAGACCAAGACUUAGCAUCAUGUGACAGAGACAGGAGUUCAAGAGACAGAUCACCUCGUGACAGAGAUCGGAAAGAUAAGAAGAGGUCCUAUGAAAGUGCUAAUGGCAGAUCAGAAGACAGGAGGAGCUCUGAAGAGCGCGAAGCAGGGGAGAUCUAACUAGCUGUGUACAUUUCUUCAAUCCUUAAGCUUCCUAUGGAGUUACGUACUAUUGUUUAGUUCACAGCUGUUCAGGGUGACAGUGAGCAGAUCCAGACACCAGAUCCAGCUAGGCUAGAUGUACAGUAUCUUAACUUGAUCUGAACUGAACCUGUUUUCCUUGAUGAUGCCUAAAACUACAUCCAUAGUUUCUGGUGAACCUGUAAUACAGUUCUGAAAGUACAGUUUUAUAUAAUAAGAUGCUGAUCUCUUUAUUCUUUCAAGUUAAGAGUGAUAGUGAACAAACUGUGUUACUUGCCUUGGGAUUUUUUGAACGUUUGUAAAAUGCUGUCUUCCCAGUCCAAACAGCUGCAGCUUUGGGCAUUUUUCUUUUUAAUUCUUCCUCUGACUUUGUAUCCCUUAAUACCUACACUCUCCAAUUGUAAGAGAAAGGGGGCAGGGAAGCAAUAUAGCUUCCAUUCUAAGGCUGUACCCCGUUAUGAAUUACUAGCUGAUUACAGUUCAGAGCAUUGAUCCUGGAAUGUGUGCUGGAGAAAUUUAAAAUACUGGGGUUUUUUGUUUAAUGGUGCCUAUUUAGAGUUGGAAGUUGAACAGCUGUUGCAUUACAUACUUUUGCUUUUCUGUUGAAAUUUUGAAAUCAAACUUGUCUUGAUUUUUCUGUUCUGUUGAAUUGCUAUGUUCAGGAUGUUCUAGGGGGGUGGGGGCAGGGACUCUUCGUAAUAAGCACUUGUUUUAUUUUGUGUGUGUGGAGUAUAAAGGCUACACCCUUAUUGUAAAAAAAUAAUAAUAAAAUGAAAGAAACAAUCACCACCACCAUUAUUAAACUGUAACUUGUCUAGUAAAUUGUCACUAGAACUAUUUGCUGUGGGCAUUUCCUCUGUUCUGUUACGUCAUUAACAGUGCCUUACUGUGCAAGGCACCAAAGGACAUAAAUAUGUACUUGCAAAGAUUCCAGAUGAGCUGUUCAUGUGGGCCCCUUGCUGACUAUAUUCCAGCCACUUCAGGGUUGUUUGUAAUGACCAUUAUAGAGAAGGGCUCGACCUGGAGAAGAAACUGGGGUGUUGUUAUUCUCAUUCAACAAACCCAAAUAAAAACAGUAUAUGUAACCAA